GUCAAGGAGGUCUUGAUCUUGAGCGUCAUUUUGAGCGUAUGCGACGCGUACGCGACGGAAGUGGCAGCUUGUGCACCGACGUCACGUGGCCUGCAUGUACACUUCCGGAGGUUUGGAAAAACAGGUUGUUUAAGUUUCGGAAUCGUACCGAGGUGCCGGGAGUCGCUGCUGGUUUCGCUGUAGUUUCGCGUCGCUGGAACACAGGUGCUAUGGACACCAUAAACAACGAAGCGCUGAUCGUCUGCGUUGAGGCUCGGCCUGCGCUUUGGCAGGCGAAACACAAGCACCACAAAAACAAGCACAUGACGAGGUGCUUGUGGAGCGAGGUGGCGAGCAUCGUCAUGCCCGACGUUGCCGUGACAGGUAAGUGCUCGGUGUUUUAUACGGGCGUCAUGCGGGAGCAGUUUUAAUCGCGAUCGAGCCCGAUCGGGAUCGCAUUUUGUGAUCAUGAUUGCCUUGCGCAAUCUGCGUAUAGCUGAUCGCGAUCCAGAAAUUUGAUCGCACUCGAUCGCGAUCGAAAGCCUGCGUGGAACCGGUAUAUGCUGCCUCUUAGCCGACUCUCCAAUGUAUAAAACGCGUUUCAUCUGUGCAGAUGACAUCAUCACGGCGCUACAGAAGAGGUGGAAGUCCUUGCGAGAUAAAUUUCGACGGGUAUUGAAGACGCUUCAGGAAGAGAAGAAGAGCGGCGCCGGGGCAGACGAUGUUCAGGACGACGUCGCCUGGCCGUUCUUCGACCAGAUGAUGUUCCUGCGCGAUACGAUGGAGUAUAGACCGACGUCCGGCAACGUUCCACCAGUGCCCCCUUCAAAUGAGGAGGAAAAUGCUGCGGGCAUCUUAACGAAGAUGUGCCAGUUCUCCAAUCUGGAAACGCUUCAAGCGCCGACACUGUCAGGUGAAGAAUCACAAGCGGAAGCAGCGACACUGUCUACGGCGUCUGAGUCUGCAGAAUCACAGGAGAUUUUGGAACAACUUGAUUCACCGCUGCUUCAAGAAGUGCUGUACAUUCCAGAGGCUUCCGAAGCACACCACAGCAGGCCGCAAUCACAAGCGUCGCUGGCUUCAGCAGGCAGUCUUCAGCAGGCAGAGCUAGGGACGUUGGGAAGUGUUACAUCUGAAGCGACAACAUCAAGAAGGGGGAAAAGGAAAAGGAAAGAUGAGGCAGCAAAGAACCUUUUGAGUUCACCACCUGUGCAUGCCUGA